AUGGAGAUUUAUAAAUUGACGAAUCUACCCGAUUCACUCUACUAUGUACCGAAUUUUAUAACCAGCGAAGACGAAGAACAACUACUUUCAUGUGUGAAUAAUGUUCCUCGCACACGUUGGGUCCAAUUGCGAAAUCGAAGAUUACAAAAUUGGGGUGGACAGCCACAUGCGAAAGGAAUGAUUCAAACAGAAUCAUUACCGAAAUGGUUAGAGCCAUUUACGGAGCGAAUACUUCAACUUGGAAAAGACACGAUCUUCACUGAUAGUCUCUUUCAAUUUAAUCAUUGUUUAGUGAAUGAAUACGAAGCAGGUCAAGGAAUUAUGGCACAUACGGACGGACCUGUCUAUUUUCCGAUUGUCACAACAAUUUCAUUACAAUCACAUACGAUUAUUGAAUUCUAUCGACCGAUCGAUAAUCUGAACACCGAGGAUCCAUCACUAUCUGCUCGAUGUAUUGCACGAGUCCUUCUUGAACCACGUAGUUUAUUCAUCGUCAAAGACGAGAUGUAUUCGUAUUACCUGCACGGAAUUGAAGAACGUUAUGAAGAUCCAAUCAACCGUACACUGAUCAGUAAUUUCGAUCGAUGUUUCGAAGAUGUUCAAAGUAAAGACGAAAAGACAUUGACGCGUAAAACACGAAUAUCUUUAACUAUCCGACGUGUUGAAAAGACAUCGAAAUUACAAUUCGGAGCGCUGCUUACUCGCCUAUCGUCAACUUUGAUUCUACAAUGUCGAUCGCGUAUUUGUUCUUCGUUGACGUGUAACAAACGAUUAUUAUAUCCUUUACAAUCAUCAUCGACAAACUCUCUCCUACGGCAUUCGUCAAAUUCCAUUGAUCAGCCGAAAACUGAUCGGGUAUGGACUAUACCGAAUAUUUUGACCUUCGCUCGAAUUGGCACAUCACCUAUUCUUGGCUAUUUGAUUGUUAGCCAUCAUUAUCCAGCAGCAUUAACGCUCUUUCUCAUCUCAGGUUUUACAGAUUUACUUGACGGUUGGAUUGCACGUCGUUAUCCAUCGCAAGCAUCGGCAUUAGGCUCAUUUCUCGAUCCAUUUGCAGACAAAAUGCUUGUUGGAAUUGUUGUUAUAUCACUUGCCUAUGUUCAUCUUAUCCCAUUAUGGUUACUCGCUCUAAUUCUCAGCCGUGAUAUCGCAAUCAUGUGUGUUGCUGGUUAUUUACGAGUCAAAUCUGUGCCACCACCAAGAACAUUGAAGAAAAUUUUGAAUAUGAAAAACGCCACGGUACAACUCUAUCCAACACUCAUCAGUAAAGUAAAUACUGGCGUUCAAAUUGGACUGUUAACAUUGUGUAUGGCAGCACCAAUUUUUGAUUAUCAUAAUACUGGCUGGAUGUCAAUUAUAUAUGCACUCUCUGCUCUUUCAACUGGAGUUUCCUGGCUCUCCUACACAGGCAAAAGUGGUCGAGCGACAUUUAAAAUGCUUUCCCAACAAUCCAAAACACCACCUCCUUCAUCUUCUUUGUAA